AUGGCAUCACCUGCUCCGCCACCACGGCGCUCUCGCCGCAACCUGACGUACGGGGAGAAGCUGGUGAUCAUCCAGAAGAAGGAGGAAGAGCCCGCAUGGACGCAGCGCAACCUGGCGCUCUGGGCCAAGGAAGCGUUCCGCCUGGAGAGCAAGCCCACACAAGCCACUAUCUCCAACCUGCUACGCGACAAAGACAAGCUGUUGAGCGCUGUGGUGCCGCCUGGGUUCCGCUCUGCACGGAAAGUGAAAUACCCGGAACUAGAUCAGAUGGUGCUGCACUGGGUACAUGCGGAACUGGAGCGCGGCGAGUGCAUGACGCGCUCGUCUGUGCAGACCAAGGCUGUGGAAAUUGCCCAGGAGAUGCAGCUACCUUCGGACCUGAGCUUCUCUAAGGGCUGGGUCAGCAGUUUUAUGAGCAGGCACCAACUGAAUUUCUCCAAGAAGAUUAGGGAGCAGGGAACGCCCCGCCAGAACAUGCUGGCGGUGACGACAGAGGCGAUCAAUAGGACGGGGCAGGUGCGGGUGCAGCAGGUACAUGAGGAGACAGAUGAAGAAGAAGAGGAAGUAGCUGAAGAGACGGAGGAAGUCGAGGUGGAUAACGCAGUGGAGGUAGAGGAGGAGCAGACUGAGCAAGUACAGGAGAGUAGUCGGGAGACGUCCAUUGCAGAGGACGAUUAUUCAGCGCCGAGACAGACUGUGAAGCGACGACGGAUGGAUAGCGGUGGUGAUAGUGCUUGGCUGUCAAGGGAAGAGGAGGAACGGGCGAUGAAGGAAUUGUUGCUGGAUUGGAUUGCGGUUCCUGGCAGUUAUUCAAGAUGGUGGUUUUUAAAGAGUGACGAGGAGAAGGAGCCGCUGUGUGACGAGAUUAAACUGUUCUUGCGCUCGCACGGACUGCAUAAUGUGGGCAGUGUAGACAUUCGACAGCAGCUCACAGCAUUCGUGGCGACGUUCCAGGCGGCGCAGAAGUGGUUAAGGCAGGCGAGAGUGGACUAUCCGCUUAAUGUUGCGGAAAUGACGUUGGAGCAGGAGGAGGUUAAAAGCCACGUACUGCAAAUGUGUCCGUACUACGAGAGGCUGGUAUCAGUGCUUGCUCCUUACGUGAACUAUGACGAUAGCAGUGCGAGUGUGGCGCAGAGUGCUGAUACUCCGGCAACAGCAACGCUCAAAUCUGCAACACCUUCGAAUAGUAAUAGUACGCCACGUAUUCAAACAAACGAUACGACUGUCGCCGCUAAUAGUCCGGCAAAGCCAGCCAAGAUUUCACAGAGGCAGAGCACCGAGUCCAAUACUGAAGACAACAGCGACGACGAGACCAAGGCGCAGAAGCGGCAUUUGUUCAAGUUGGAGUGUGCGCGACUCCAAUCCGAGAUCGAGACUAGGAAUGUUCAACUGGUAGUGGAGAAAACUUUGGCACGAAAGAAACUGCUGGACGCAGGCAUCUCUCCUGAGGAGGUGGACAGGAUUUUCCCCUUGUGA